AUGAAAUGCAAAGUCUCUGAGGUGAUUAAGAAAGUGCUUGAGCAGGAAAUGGAGCGAGACAGCUCUGUGUACAUUCUGGGCGAGGAGGUUGCUGUGUACGGAGGCGCGUACCAGUGCACUGCAGGGCUGCUCGACAAGUUUGGGUCUUCUCGCGUGGUGGACACGCCCAUCUCAGAAAUGGGCUUCACAGGGAUGGCUGUUGGGUCUGCUUUUAUGGGGCUUAAGCCGGUCUGCGACUUUAUGACGUUCAACUUUGCGCUGCAGUCCAUGGACCACAUAAUCAACUCUGCUGCAAAAACCCUCUACAUGUCGGGCGGCCGAAUCAAGUGUCCGAUUGUUUUCCGCGGCCCCAACGGGUUUGCAUAUGGCGUGGGCGCGCAGCACACACAGGACUUUACAGGGUUUUUUGCCGCUAUCCCCGGACUAAAAGUGGUCAUUCCGUACUCCGCGAGGGACCACGCAGGCCUUCUCAGAAGCGCGAUUCGGGACCCGAACCCUGUUGUGGUGCUGGAGAGCGAGAUUCUCUAUCCAAAGCAGAUGGAGUUUGACGAGGGCGUGGUGUAUGACCCGGAGUUCCUCCUUCCUUUGGACAAGGCCAUUGUUGAGGUGGAGGGCAGCGCAGUCACCAUUCUUGGGAUUGGGCUGACCGUUGGGCUGUGCCUGGAGGCGGCCAGGGCGCUCAAGCAGCAAAACAUCUCAGCCGAGGUUAUAAACGCAAUAUCUGUCAACCCGCUUGACAUUACUACCGUCCAAAAAUCUGUUGAAAAAACAAAAAAUCUUCUUAUUGUGGACUAUGCAUGGCCAGAGUGCGGAAUUGCCUCUGAAGUGGCAGCCUCUAUUUCCUCCCGCCUGUUUGGCAUGCUGGACAAGCCUGUGCACACUCUGUGCAGCAAGAAGAUACCCACUCCGUACGCGAAGGAGCUGGAAAGCGCAAUGUAUCCCAGCGUGGACGACAUUUCAACAGCUGUGUACUCUCUGCUGAAUAAAAUGGGGCAGGGAAAUAAAAACUAG